UGAGAUUAUGUCCUUUUUUGUUGGAAAUUAGUAUAUAUAUGCAUUCGAUUCCCCAAAAGUCACAAUUGAAUCGACCAGUCGAAACAAUAAUUUCAAAAAAAUGGCUUCUAAGACAAUCAUUGUUGCUUUCCUUGCCCUUGUGGCCAUCAUUGAAGUGACCAACGCUUGCGGUUGUGGCUGUGGUUGUGGUUGCGACUGUUGUUGUUGCCAGCCAUGUUGCUGUUGUUGCAAACCAUGCUGCUGUUGUUGCAAACCAUGUUGCUGUUGUUGCAAACCAUGUUGCUGUUGUUGCAAACCAUGUUGCUGUUGUUGCAAGCCAUGUUGUUGCUGUGAUUGCGGGUGCGGUUGUGAUUGCGGUUGCGGCUGUGGUUGUGGCUGCGGUGGUUGCGGUUGUUGUUUGUUCCCGCGUAUAUCGAUAUCGAAUCUACUAUUCUACGAUCUGAGACAGCUGGCUACCAACGCCUGUCACUGUGGUUGCGGCUGUGGAGGUUGCGGUGGUUGUGGAACCUGCGGUUGCGGAUGUUGUGGCUGUGGAGGUUGCGGCUGUGGAGGUUGCGGCUGUGGAGGUUGCGGUUGCGGUACCUGCUGCCAACCUUGCUGCUGUUGUUGUCAGCCAUGCUGCUGCGACUGCGGUAGCUGCGGUUGCGGUUGUGGAGGUUGCGGUUGCGGUUGCGGUAACUGCGGUUGCGGUUGUGGAAACUGCGGUUGCGGUUGUGGAACCUGCGGUUGUGGAGGUUGCUGUUGCGGAAACUGCGGUCGCGGUACUUGUGGUUGUGGAGGUUGCGGUUGCGGUACUUGCGGUUGUGGUUGCUGUGAUUGCGGUUGCGGUACCUGCGGUUGUGGAGGUUGCGGUUGCGGUACUUGCGGUUGUGGUUGUGGUGGAUGUGGAUGUUGCUGUUAAUCUGAAAUUGUUACCUUUCUCCUCUUUGCCUCUUCUUCAUGCAUGAAGAAGAAGUCAAAGAAAAUUCUCUGACAAAGAUUCAUUCUACCAAAAUAUCCCCUCCACUUCAAGUUCCAGUGAUAGUCCCAUCAACAUACUAAAAAUGUUGUUACAAUCUCAUUUCUUCUCCAAAAUAUUAAUUCAUUCUUACCACAUAUUGUGUAUACAAGCAUAUUUUAUACUCGAAUCUGCAGUCAAUUAUACCAAACAACAUGAAUAUUAUUGGUGAAACGUUUUGUGUUUUGGAUUCGAAAUAAUGUAUGUACAUCAAUUUGGUUCACAUUUAAUCAAUUUAAAAAUAAAUAAAAAAAUCUUUCAAUAGCCAAUAA